AUGGGCAAAAAGCGUAUUCUGGUCAGUUAUGGCGUCGACAUUGAUGCAGUGGCGGGCUGGCUGGGCUCAUAUGGCGGAGAAGACAGCACGUCUGAUAUCUCAAGAGGCAUCUGGGCUGGCACACAUGGUACCAGAAGACUCCUCAAGCUCUUCGACAAGUACAACAUCAAAGCAACAUGGUUCAUUCCAGGCCACACCCUUGAGACCUUUCCCGAGGACUGCGCCGCAGUACGAGAUGCCGGACACGAAAUUGGAUUGCACGGCUACAGUCACGAGAACCCAGCAGACAUGACUUUGGAGCAGCAGCGGGAUGUCCUGGACAAGACCUACCGCUUGUUGACCGACUUUUGUGGAAAGCCACCUCGUGGUUCGGUUGCCCCUUGGUGGGAGACCAGUCUAGAGGGCUCUGAGUUGAUGCUCUCGUAUGGUAUCGAAUAUGAUCAUUCCAUGAGUCACGAAGAUUGUCAAAUGUACUGGCUUCGUACUGGAGAUUCGUGGACGAAGAUCGACUAUUCCAAGAAGGCGGAGGAAUGGAUGAAGCCACUCGUUAAGGGUGAGACGACGGGUCUUGUUGAAAUUCCAGGAUCUUGGUACAUUGACGAUCUGCCGCCCAUGAUGUUCAUCAAGAACAGCGCCAACAGCCAUGGGUGGGUAAAUCCUAGAGAUGUGGAAGCAAUUUGGAUGGAUCACUUCGACUACUACUACCGAGAGUUUGACGAGUUUGUUUUCCCAAUGACAAUUCAUCCGGAUGUCAGUGGACGACCUCACGUAUUACUCAUGCACGAGAGAAUCAUCGAACAUAUCAAUAAGCAUGAGGGGGUGGAAUGGGUUACCAUGGAGCAGAUGUGUGAUGAGUUUAAGAAGGCGAAUUCUCCUCCCCCUGGCGCUUUGCUACCUGCGACGAGGGAGGAGGUUGAGAAGCGCUUGAAAUUGCAAUGA